GUGGACUUACCUCUUCUUCUUCUGCUGCUGCUGUUGUGCACAUUGCGCGUGUCCCUGCGGCACACCACACUUUUUGCGCGCUUUCGGGACGCGUGGCUCAGAGAAAAACCUUUCAAAACGGAUCCAUUCGAGGACGACGGCCCGCGCCCCUCACUUACCUCCGCAAUCAUGAUGUCCAUGAACAGCAAACAACCGUUCAGCGUGCACCCCAUCCUGCACGAGCCCAAGUACACGCCUCUGCACUCGAGCUCCGAGGCCAUCCGCCGCGCGUGCCUCCCCACGCCCUCGCUCCAGGGGAACAUCUUCGCGGGUUUUGAUGAGUCUCUGCUGCAGCGCGCGGAGGCCCUCGCGGCCGUGGACAUCGUGGCGCAGAAGAGUCACCCGUUCAAACCGGACGCCACGUACCACACCAUGACCACCAUGACCAGUAUGACGUGCACGCCCACGUCCUCGUCUGGGCACCUGCACCACCCGUCUGUGCUGACGUCACACCACCACACGCACCACCAGCCUGCGCAGGGCCUCGAGGGCGACCUGCUCGAGCACCUGACACCCGGCCUCGCGCUGGGAGCCAUGGCGGGCCCUGACGUCUGUUCCGCAGCCACACACGGCGCGCACGCGCAUAUGUCCGCCAUCAACCACAUGCCCCACCACCACCACCACGGGCAGUCUGUCAACAUGCACGCGCACAGCCUGGCCUCUCAUGGCUCACUCGGCUCUGGAGGUGUAGAAGCAGAGCCAGACCCACGAGAGCUCGAGUCUUUUGCAGAGCGCUUCAAACAGCGUCGCAUCAAACUCGGAGUGACACAAGCGGACGUGGGCGCGGCCCUCGCAAAUCUGAAGAUACCGGGCGUGGGCUGCCUUAGCCAGAGCACCAUCUGCCGCUUUGAGUCCCUGACUCUGUCCCACAACAACAUGGUGGCGUUGAAACCCAUCCUGGAGGCCUGGCUCGAGGAGGCAGAGCGCGCACAGCGAGAGAAGAUGGCCAAACCAGAAAUUUUCAGUGGUGCGGACAAAAAGAGGAAGCGCACGAGCAUCGCAGCCCCAGAAAAGCGUUCCCUAGAGGCGUACUUCGCGGUGCAACCGCGGCCGUCCUCAGAGAAGAUCGCAGCGAUCGCAGAGAAACUAGACCUGAAGAAAAACGUGGUUCGCGUGUGGUUCUGUAACCAGCGGCAGAAACAGAAGAGGAUGAAGUUCUCAGCAACUCACUGAGCCUGGCGCGCACCCGCGCACAGACCCAUAAGGCACGCGCCCUUUUGUCAGAGACACGAGCCUGGACCAUAGUUUCAUUACAAGGUGGACCUGACCUGGUCACGCGGUUUAAGUUUGACCAGAGUGAAGCCCGAGGCCGCGCGCACAGGCCUCACUGCGCGCACAGGCCUCAGCGUCAGUGUUAAUCUGGGCCUAUCAUCUGUCUACUGUUCA